AUGAGGUUCGCGGGGUGGUACCUGAAGAUCGCCGCCGGCGGUGCGGCCAUAGGCGCCGCCAUGGAGCUCUUCAUGAUCCACACCGGCUUCUAUGAGAAGGUAACUAUGCUGGAGUCAGAGAAAAGAGCUUGGGAGAGCAGCCCAGAGGCCCAAGCCAUGAGAGAAGCCUUGAAUCCAUGGCACAAGAAUGAUGAACCAGAGAGAAGAUAGUCACUCAUAUACUCAUGGGUACUCCUGUCCAGUCAUUGCAUUCUCAUCCUUUCGAUUGUAUG